AAGUAAGAGGUACCAUAAUGACGAUCAAGUAGAAAGAGCAAGAAAGAGCGGAACGGAGGAGCGGAACAUGGCGACGUGGUGUAACGCAAGUUGUUUUUGAUCUCAUCGUCCGCACAUAAUCAGGAUUCCUACGUGCGAACAAAGUGCAGCUUAUCCUGCUGUUUAGGAGCACAGAUCGAGGGACGUGACACAGAUCGUAGAAAUAUGAAUUACAAUCACUCAAAUGCACGCCGAGCUACACUGUGCUAUACUCUCUACACUUGAAACGAAAUGUGCAAUUAGAUAUGAGGAAAAAGCGGAGAGGGAAAACCAAAAAGAUUAUUAGAUCCAUCAGCUGGUUUAUCCACACCAACUCCUCCAAUGACACAGAAUCCAUAUAUGUAUAAUCAACAGAUGCCCAUAAAUAAUGGUGCGAUGCCAGAAUAUGGCUUUAAUGUUGCUGGACAAGGACCAUCUCCAUAUGGAUUUAACCCACAAAUGUCGAGUUACCCAUCCAAUGAUAAUCAAGGAAGAGAAUUUGCGAGCUCACAAUUCGCUACACAAUUCUUGGCUCAACCAGUUGUCACAAACAUGGCUGUACAAUAUGGAAACGCACUGGUUGGUACUGGAAAACAGCAUUUUGAGAAAUAUGUGCCAGUUACAGCGUUGAAAUAUUACUUUGCUGUAAAUACUGAUUAUGUCUUCACAAAAUUAAUGCUGUUGUUCUUCCCAUUUACGCAUAAGGACUGGACUGUAAAAUAUGAACAAGAUGUACCAUUGCAACCACGAUAUGAGACUAAUGCACCAGAUAUGUAUAUUCCCACAAUGGCGUUUUUCACAUAUGUUGCUAUGGCAGGACUAGUUUUAGGCAUGCAAGGACGUUUCACUCACGAACAACUAGGUAUACUAGCUAGCUCCGCUCUUGCUUGGGGUUUGAUCGAAUUACUCAUUCAUACCGUGAGUUUGUACGUGAUGAAUGUUCAAACGAGUUUAAUGACAUUAGAUUUGGUGGCAUAUUGCGGAUAUAAGUAUGUCGGUAUUAACGCAGCUCUGUUAAUAUCGUUGCUAUUUCGCAAGUUUGGUUACUAUGUGAUGCUACUCUACUUCAGCGCUUCUUUAGGUGUCUUUCUAAUGCGAUCAUUAAAAUUAAGAGUCAUUCCACAAGGCCACAGUUCGUACACAGCCUCUGGUAAUAAGAGACGACUUUACUUUAUACUGUCUUUGGCUGGUAUGCAACCCGUUUUAAUGUGGUGGUUGUCGUAUCAUUUGAUUUAAAUAACAUAAAUGCGAGAAAUCUAUAAAACAUAUAGCAAGGAAA